CGCCCGGAGCCCAGAGCCCGCGAGUGCCCCAGCCGGGGCCGGCACCCCCGCCUGCGCCCGCGGCAGGAGCAGAGGAGCCGCGGCAGGCGCUGCCCUGCGCCGGGAGUGAACGGCUGCGAGGCUGCUGGGAGGGUGAAUGAAGCCAGGAGGAGGGGAAGGAGGAGGAGGCGGCGGCGCUGGAGGAGGAGGAGGCGCUGCGGGGAUUGGGAUGCGCCCUGGAGCCCCGCUGCUCGUUCACUCUGGGCCGGGCCGGAGACUCUGCCACUCCUGCGGCCGCCGCCGCCUCCUACGUGGUUCCAGCGCUGCGCGCAGGCCGGUCCCGCAGGGGGCAGGGAAGGGGGCCGGACGGGCGGAGCGAGAGGUGAGGCGGUGUCGGAGCGGGGCGUGAGUGUGAGUGAGGGAGCAUCGUGCAACAAAUCACCAGGGUGGUCCAUUCAAGCUGCAGAUUUGUUUGUCAUCUUUAUACAACAGUCUCCUCCUCCACUGCCACUACAGGGAAGUGCAUCACAUGUCAGCAUACUGGAGCAUAAUGAAAGAGUCUAUUUUGAGGCUUCAAAAGUAGUGCUGCUGCGGACCAUGAGCGAGAGAGAGAAAGAGAAAGAGAGUGGACUCCAGCCUGCACGGAUGGUCUUGAAAAGCAAAUGGGUUUUGGUCUAGGCAUCUUAUAUUGAAAUUCUCCACUGCCACCCUUUCUACUCAAGCAAAAUCUGUGAGAAAAGACCCAGUGGAAGGAGCUGACAGCUUAUGGUUCUCCAUUGUGAUGAAAGCACAUGCUACCGUUUUCCAAAGAAAUUAGACCAUUUUCAUGGUGAAAAGAAGUCAACCUGCUGUUCUCAUAGGGUAUUUCGCACCUGUCUGUGAAAGGAAGAAAGAACACGUCUGAAUCCACAAGCCCUUCAGCUUCUGUGAGAAGUCUCCAUGGUGAAGCUUAGGCUGAGGCUACCUGUGAACAGUGUGCAGUGAAUGUUAAUCCAGAGCUGCUGUUGGCGGAUUGUACCCACGGGGAGAUGAUUCCUCAUGAAGAGCCUGGAUCCCCUACAGAAAUCAAAUGUGACUUUCCAUUUAUCAGACUAAAAUCAGAGCCAGCCAGACAGUGAAACAGUCACCGUGGAGGGGGGACGGCGAAAAAUGAAAUCCAACCAAGAGCGGAGCAACGAAUGCCUGCCUCCCAAGAAGCGCGAGAUCCCCGCCACCAGCCGCUCCUCCGAGGAGAAGGCCCCUGCCCUGCCCAGCGACAACCACCGGGCGGAGGGCGCAGCAUGGCUCCCAGGAAACCCUGGUGGCCGGGGCCAUGGGGGAGGGCGGCACGGGCCGGCGGGGACCUCGGCGGAGCUUGGUUUACAACAGGGAAUAGGUUUACACAAAGCAUUGUCCACGGGGCUGGACUACUCCCCGCCCAGCGCUCCCAGGUCUGUCCCCGCAGCCACCACGCUGCCCACGGCGUACCCUCCCCCGCAGACAGGGACUCCGGUGUCCCCCGUACAGUACACUCACCUGCCGCACACCUUCCAGUUCAUUGGGUCCUCCCAGUACAGCGGGCCCUAUGCCGGCUUCAUCCCGUCACAGCUGAUCUCCCCGACGGCCAACCCCGUCACCAGUUCGGUGGCCUCCGCCGUGGGCGCCACCACUCCAUCCCAGCGCUCCCAGCUGGAGGCCUAUUCCACUCUGCUAGCCAACAUGGGCGGCCUGAGCCAGGCACCAGGACACAAAAUUGAGCCGCCGCCGCCGCAGCACCUCGGCAGGGCUCCGGGGCUCAUCACCCCUGGGUCUCCCCCACCCACCCAGCAGAACCAGUACGUCCACAUUUCCAGCUCUCCGCAGAGCGCCGGGCGCACCGCCUCUCCUCCGGCCAUCCCCGUCCACCUCCACCCCCACCAGACGAUGAUCCCACACACGCUCACCCUGGGGCCCUCCUCCCAGGUCGUCGUGCAAUACACUGACUCCGGCAGCCACUUCGUCCCUCGGGAGUCCACCAAGAAGGCUGAGAGCAGCAGGCUGCAGCAGGCCGUCCAGGCCAAGGAGGUCCUCAACGGCGAGAUGGAGAAAAGCCGGCGGUACGGGGCUCCGUCCUCGGCCGACCUGGGCCUGGGCAAGGCAGGCAGCAAGUCGGUCGCUCACCCGUACGAUUCCCGGCACGUGGUGGUCCACCCGAGCCCCGCGGACUACAGCAGCCGCGAUCCGUCGGGGGUGCGGGCCUCGGUGAUGGUCCUGCCCAACAGCAACACGCCUGCCGGCGACCUGGAGGUGCAGCAGGCCGCCCACCGGGAGGCCUCCCCCUCCACCCUCAACGACAAAAGCAGCCUGCACUUGGGCAAGCCCGGCCACCGGUCGUAUGCGCUGUCGCCACACACGGUCAUCCAGACCACGCACAGCGCCUCAGAGCCACUCCCGGUGGGACUGCCAGCCACAGCCUUCUACGCGGGGACUCAGCCCUCUGUCAUCGGCUACCUGAGUGGCCAGCAGCAAGCAAUCACCUACGCCGGCAGCCUGCCACAGCACCUGGUGAUCCCCGGCACACAGCCCCUGCUCAUUCCGGUGGGCAGUGCUGACGUGGAAGCGUCCGGGGCAGCCCCUGCCAUCGUCACGUCGUCCCCUCAGUUUGCUGCAGUGCCUCACACCUUCGUCACCACCGCCCUCCCCAAGAGCGAGAACUUCAGCCCCGAGGCCCUGGGCACCCAGGCCGCCUACCCGGCCAUGGUGCAGGCCCAGAUCCACCUGCCCGUGGUGCAGUCGGUGGCAUCUCCUGCGACACCUGCCCCGACACUGCCCCCUUACUUCAUGAAAGGCUCCAUCAUCCAGCUGGCCAACGGGGAGCUGAAGAAGGUGGAAGACCUCAAGACAGAAGACUUCAUCCAGAGUGCGGAGAUCAGCAACGACCUGAAGAUUGACUCCAGCACUGUGGAGAGGAUCGAGGACAGCCACAGCCCUGGCGUGGCCGUGAUACAGUUCGCAGUGGGGGAGCACCGAGCACAGGUCAGCGUUGAAGUUUUGGUAGAGUAUCCGUUUUUUGUGUUUGGACAGGGCUGGUCGUCGUGCUGUCCAGAGAGAACCAGCCAGCUCUUUGAUUUGCCGUGUUCCAAACUCUCAGUUGGGGAUGUCUGCAUCUCGCUAACCCUCAAGAACCUGAAGAACGGCUCUGUUAAAAAGGGCCCGCCCGCGGAUCCUGCCAGCGUCCUGCUGAAGCACUCAAAGACCGACGGCCUGGCGGGCAGUAGACACAGGUACACCGAGCAGGAGAACGGAAUCAAUCAGGGAAGUGCCCAGAUGCUCUCUGAGAACGGUGAACUGAAGUUCCCAGAAAAAAUAGGAUUGCCUGCAGCGCCCUUCCUCACCAAAAUAGAACCCAGCAAGCCCGCAGCCACGAGAAAGAGGAGGUGGUCAGCGCCGGAGACCCGCAAACUGGAGAAGUCAGAAGACGAGCCACCUUUGACUCUUCCUAAGCCUUCUCUAAUUCCUCAGGAGGUUAAGAUUUGCAUUGAAGGCCGGUCUAACGUAGGCAAGUAGAGGCAGCGUGGGGGAAAGGAAUCGUGGCUCUCCCUCACCCUUUGUAUCCAGAUUACUGUACUGUAGGCUAAAUAACACAGUAUUUACAUGUUAUCCUUAUUUUAGGUUUCUGUUCUAACCUUGUCAUUAGAGUUACAGCAGGUGUGUCACAGGAGACUGGUGCAUAUGCUUUUUCCAGGAGUGUCUGUCAGUGAGGGGCGGGCAGAGGGCCAGAGCAGGGACAGUCUGGGCUCCAGGCAUCCCAGGAGGAAAGAAGGCACUGUGGCUUCCUAGCGUCUGUCUCCCCCAGCAGCCCAGAAGCGCGCUGUGGGCGCUGCCCUGCCACCAGCCUCAAGAGAAAGUUGGGUGAGGAGGGACCUGCAGGGGUGCGUGCAAGUUGGGGUGCACGGGCACCGUGCCAGCAAGUGAGAGUCUCUUUUUCUCUGCCUCCCUCUGUCUCCCUCUCUUGCUGUCAGCAUGGGAUUGGGGUCCAGUGUCCUCCUGGGGUUCCCACUUCAGGGCAUUGUAGAGAGGUAACAGACAGCGGAUGGAAAGCUAACCUUUUAAAAGAGCAUUUUUUCUCUCCAACCUAUUUUACAAUAAAAGCAACUUUUAAUCGUAUAGAUAUAUAUUUCCCCCUAUGGGGCCUGACUGCACUGAUAUAUUUUUUUUUAAAAAAAAAAAAAGAGCAACUGCCACACGUGGGAUUUCAUUUCUGCUUUACUAGUGCAGGGGUGUCACCAGGGUGUCAUGGUAGACAGGGAAGCCACCACUCUCACAUCACUCCACGUGGCGGGGGUGGAGGUUGGGGGGAGGAUGAACACCCACGCUGGUCUCUGUGCAGUGUUAGGAAAACCAAUCAGGUUCUUGCAUUGACUUCGCUCCCCAGAGGUAGAUGCAAACUGCCCUUCCGCGAGAGCAGCAGAAGCUCUUGAGUUGAGUUUGCAAAAUCUUUUUGUCUUUUAACUCUAGUACUGUUUAUAGUUCAUGACUAUGGACAACUCGGGUGCCACUUUUUUCAGAAUCCAGUGUGACAUGAGGAAUUAGAUUUUGAAGAUGAGCAUCUAUCACUAUCUCUAAGCACUUAAAAUGCUGUUCACACUUUAUUACCAAGCAUCUUGGUCUGUCAUUCAACAAGUACUGUAACUCCCUUUAAACUCUUUGGGAAGAAAAAAAAAAAACAACAAAAACUAAGUUGCUUUCUUUUUUUUUUUUUUUUCAACACUGUAACUACAUUUCAGCUCUGCAGAGUUGCUCACGAGAGCAAGGUAUUGAAAGUUUCAAUGUGGUUUAAAGGGAUGAAUGUGAAUUAUGAACUAGUAUGUGACAAUAAACGACCACCAAGUACUACCUGACAGGAGGCACUUUUCACUUUGAUGUCUGAGAAAGAGUUAAAGGCAUAUGCAGAGUUGGCAGAGAAACUGAGAGAAAAAGGGAUGGAGAAAAGAAUACUCAUUUUUGUCCAGUGUUUUUCUUUUUAAGAUGAACUUUUAAAGAACCUUGCGAUUUGCACAUCUUGAGUUUAUAAUUUGUGUGAUAUUCCUGCAGUUUUUAUCCAAUAACAUUGUGGGAAAGGUUUGGGGGACUGAACGAGCAUAAAUAAAUGUAGCAAAAUUACUUUCUAACCUGCCUACACUCUAGGCCAUUUUAUAAGGUUAUGUUCCUUUGGAAAUUCAUUUUGGUCUUUUUACCACAUCUUUCACAAAAAGCCAGGUCUUAGCAGGACAACUCUGAGAAUUUUCUUCAGAUUCAUUGAGAGAGUUUUCCAUGAAGACAUUUUAUAUGUGAGCAAGUUUUUUUUAAAAAAAAAAAAAAACAACAAUUAUUUUAUCAUUGUUGUUACUAAUGUUACUUUCAGAAUGACUUUUUUUUUUCUUUUUGAAAUUAAGAUUUAAUGUUUGGUACAAACCCAGAAAGGGUAUUUCAUUGUUUAAAACCUUUCAUUCCCAGAGAUCUGAAAUAUCAUUUGUGGGUUUUGAGUGCAUCUUAAAGUGCUUUAAAAUAAAGUUUUAUAAGUAGGGAGAAAUUUUUAAAUAUUCUUACUUGGAUGGCUGCAACUAACCUAAACAAAUACUUAUCUAAUUUUUCUUUUACUAUGGAAAAUAGUACCUCUUCCAUUUCUCAAAUUAAAAAAAAGAAAUCUGAUAUCAA